CUAUCAGGUAGUUUAAAAGCCUAGGAGGUCAACAGUCGCAAGACACUGACCAAGCACGUCAUUGCCCUUCACUGUUGCGAUUUCUGCUCCGUUUUAUGACGUUUUGGAUAUGCACGGUGUCUGACCUCCAGCAUGCUGAGUACUAAGGGUUCAUACGUGGGAAUGAUGAGCGGCGCCGUGGGAAUGGACCGCGGCAGGGUCGGAGAGAGGCUCCAGGCCGCCCUGGCUGGGUUGCAAGAGCUCCAUCUGCUUCGGGACAGACAGAGCGACAUGGUGAGCUGGGCGCUCAGAGCGGACCGGGAAGAACCGGUCACUUUCGAGCACGCCACACCGGAGGACGCCAGGAAGAUGGGGGCGGAGGAGCAGCGGUUGGAGGCGACCCUCACGGCCCUGAAACAACAGCUGUCUCGUCUUCGGAAAAAGGAUGUUGGACUGAAGACUCACCUUCAGCAGCUUGAUCAACAAAUCAGUGAGCUGAAGCUGGAUGUCAGCAAGGCCUCCACUGAGCAGCUGGAGAGUGACAGCAGGCCAAGUUCAGGUUUCUAUGAGCUCAGUGAUGGUGGCUCUUGCUCCUUGUCAAACUCCUGCACCUCAGUGUACAGUGAGUGCCUGUCAUCCUCCCAGACGAGUCUUCCCCCCCCUUCCGCAAGUCCGGCUAAUUCUCAAGCGAGCCCACCAUUUCAAGCCGACGUGUAUCGUCGUCGUUCGGCCGAUGAAGGUGCCUCCCAUCCCAACGCUACCCGGGCGACAGGCCUUCAUCUUGGAAGCAGUAGGAUCAGAGCAAGCUCUACUGUCACUGAACUUGGACGGCCAAGACCUGUGUCAACAGGUGACCUAGACAGGAUGAUAAAUCAAGGACUGAACUAUAAACCAAUGGAUGCUAAGAAACCACAGAUGUGCCCAAAUCCCAAGAUCCCUACAAUGGACCCGAAGUUCCAGAGCAAUUUGGUUUCCCGCAAUGGAAUUGAAUUGUAUCACUACCCAAGUCCCUUGCAUGCUGUUGCCCUCCAAAGUCCAAUCUUUUUCCAAGGUGGUGAAUCAGCCACAGAUGGCGGCCGGCCUCCAGUGCGUGAUUCCGACAUGCUCCAGGGUACUGAGAUGGGCUAUGAUACCAAGACUCUGGGUUACAUUGACAAGCUCCUCCAGCGCGGCUCCAACAAAUCUCACAUUCAAAUGGCCGCCGAGGCUAUGCAGACCCACGGUGACUAUCAGAGGAAACCACCUGAAAUCGUAACUGUGUUUCCACAGAAACUGGUAUCUCUUCCUCAACCUCCCCCAACUCAGGCCAUACCACUAGAUAAUGAAGAGAAGGGACACUGCGUGACAAAUUCCAGUCAAGAAAAAACUGAUAAUGAAGGCCACCAACAGUCUGGGAGACCUCAGGAGGUUUCAUAUGGGUAUUCCUCUCCUGCUGUGAUGAGAGAGUACAGCUCUGAUGAGGUCACGACUUCAUCAUUGAGGAAGAUGGACAAAACGCAUGUUGCUUUUGUAGCUAGGGGCCACGCAGAAAAAGCAUGUGGGGAAAUGAGGCCCACAGAGAAGAAGGCUCAGAGACAAAGAGCAGCCAUGUCUCACAGUUCAAGCACAGAGGACAGUCAAGUCUUUGAGGUGCAAAAUGGCUCCCCUGAGUUUGUCCAUGCCAAAUUUGUCCCUGCUGGAACUCAAGGGGUCAAGGUGAGACAAGCUGAUCGUAAAACCAAAGCUGUAAAAAUCAGACGAAGGAGCAGUGAGAAGCCGAGAGCGUUGAGGCAGCAGCAAUCAUCCUGCGAACGAGCCAGAGAAUCCAAGGGAGAUCCGAGAAGACUAGCAAAAGGGAAGGUCAUCCAGAAAUACCCCUGCUGUCCAUCUGAGGAGCAUAAACAAGGCUCAGGCUCAGAUUCAAGCCAGUGUGGCCCCGGAAUAAUCUACACCCACAAGGUCCAUCCAAAGCCGCACCCUACUCCAGCUGCUACUAAAUCCAUCAAAAGCCGCAGAUUGCAAUGUGGAGAGUAUGAGCAGGAGCAGAGAAAGAAGAGACACGGAGCGGCCAAGUGGUUAUCUGAUGCCGAGAAGUUCCAAAGUUUGUGUGCUCAACGUCAGAGGUCUAAGGAACUCUUUGCGCAAGCGCCAGGAAAUAUGCAUUUAGCCAAAUCAGGCCAAUGGAUGGGACCUCAUCAUCCCUUCAUGUCAUCCAUGUCUUCUAACUCAUUCAAUGCUAAACUCAAUGCCAGGUACCCGGCAGCACCCUAUCACGUGUCCAACCUCUACCCACCUCGAUGUGAGUCUGAGUACUCAGCUGAAUGCAUGUCGCUUUUCCACUCCACCAUUGCCGCGAGCAGCGAUGGGGAGAUGAGCGAUAACACCACCAAUCGCUUCGGCGAUAGCGAAUCCAGCCAGAGUUUCCAAUCCUUUUCCGACUCUGACAGCAGCCUGUCCGUGGAGGAAGGAGACCAUCUGGAUAGCCUUGCGGAGGAGUGCGGCGACCUGGUAUGGGCGGAAGCUUCUCUGGUGCCCACUGCAGUUGGAAAGACCCUUCAGCAACUCCCACGACCAGAGCCCUCAGCUUGCCGCAUCAAAGCUUCACGAGCCCUGAAAAAGAAGAUUCGGCGCUUCCAGCCUGCCUCAUUGAAGGUCAUGACCCUGGUGUAAUUACUUUAGGCAAAAUAUUUGUCAAUGGGGGGGGGGGGGACAAAGAGCUGUACGAAACUAACACAGAACUUUAUUGAAAAGAUCUCGCCUCUUCCAGAACCCUUCUUUUUUCUGUGCACUGAUUGUUUAAUCUAAAAAAAAUAUAAAAAAAACAUUAUUUAGUUUGUUGUUGUUAAAGCAUGCUUGUAUCACACAAUUAUACUUACUUAUUUGUAAAUAUUCUUCUUGUUGUGAUUCAUUUGUCAAUGCAUGUCAUAUUCGUCACGUUAAAGAUUUCUUUAAUAGUAAAAAAAAAAAAAGUACAUCGACAAAUAACUCCGACAUUAUUUCAUGCAAUUGUGUGUUGUCUGUUACUGACUUGAUUUUCCCUGAGCAACAAUUUGUGUUUCUUAUAAUAAACUGCCAAUUAAUAAUUA